UUUGUCCAAAGAUGUGGCGUAACACAUGACAUAGAAAUGAGUUUUUUCUCUGAUGAGAGCUUCUACAGGGAUAUAAAAGUAAUAGGAAUUGUGUAUACUGAGAAAUUUUCCUUUAAUCCGAGGCGUCCAGCCUCCCUUUCGAUGGCAAGAAAGCGGGGUUUUGAUCUGGCGCGCGCUGCUGGCAGCUCUUACUUCAUCCGGGUCUUUGGUGCCCGCGGGAAGACCCGAGAGUCACUGGAAGCGCAAGAUGGCGACGGCUGCUGCACCUUCGGCUUCAGAACCUGAGGCUGAGUCCAAGGUUGGGCCCAAGACUGAGGGAGAGGAAGAUAAGGUUAAGGCGGCUAGAACCAGGAGGAAGGUGCUUUCGCGGGCUGUGACUGCUGCGACAUACAAGACGAUAGGGACAGAAUGGGAUCAGCAGGAGGAAGGCGUGAGCGAGAGCGAUGGGGAUGAUGAGGAGUACGCCAUGGCUUCCUCCGCCGAGAGCUCCCCCGAAGAGUACGAGUGGGAGUACGACGAAGAGGAGGAGAAGAACCAGCUAGAAAUCGAGAGACUGGAGGAGCAGCUAUCUAUCAAUGUCUAUGACUACAACUGCCACGUGGACCUGAUCAGGCUGCUCCGGCUGGAGGGGGAGCUUACCAAAGUGAGGAUGGCUCGCCAGAAGAUGAGUGAGAUCUUUCCCUUGACUGAAGAGCUCUGGCUGGAGUGGCUACACGAUGAGAUCAGCAUGGCCCAGGACGGCCUGGACAGGGAGCACGUGUACGACCUCUUUGAGAAAGCUGUGAAUGAUUACAUUUGUCCUAAUAUUUGGCUGGAGUAUGGCCAGUACUCGGUUGGUGGAAUUGGUCAGAAAGGUGGCCUCGAGAAAGUUCGCUCUGUGUUUGAAAGGGCGCUUUCAUCAGUUGGUUUACAUAUGACCAAGGGACUUGCCAUCUGGGAGGCAUACCGAGAGUUUGAAAGUGCGAUUGUGGAAGCUGCUCGGCCCAUGGCUGGCUUCCUUUCCCCUUUUGACCGGGAACAAACCUUUGAUUCACAGCUUGAGAAAGUCCACAGUCUCUUCCGGCGACAGUUGGCGAUCCCACUUUAUGAUAUGGAGGCCACCUUUGCAGAGUACGAAGAAUGGUCAGAAGACCCAAUACUAGAGUCAGUAAUUCAGAACUAUAACAAAGCGCUGCAGCAGCUGGAGAAAUAUAAACCCUAUGAAGAAGCACUGUUGCAAGCAGAGGCACCAAGACUGGCAGAAUAUCAAGCAUAUAUUGAUUUUGAGAUGAAAAUGGGUGAUCCUGCUCGCAUUCAGCUGAUCUUUGAGCGUGCCCUGGUUGAGAACUGCCUUGUCCCAGACUUAUGGAUCCGUUACAGUCAGUACCUAGAUCGACAACUGAAAGUAAAGGAUUUGGUUUUAUCUGUUCAUAACCGUGCUGUUAGAAAUUGCCCCUGGACAGUUGCCCUGUGGAGUCGGUACCUCUUGGCUAUGGAGAGACAUGGAGUUGAUCAUCCAGUGAUUUCUGUAACCUUUGAGAAAGCUUUGAAUGCUGGCUUCAUCCAGGCCACUGAUUAUGUGGAGAUUUGGCAGGCAUACCUAGAUUACCUGAGGAGAAGGGUGGAUUUCAAACAAGAUUCCAGUAAAGAGCUGGAAGAGUUGAGGGCCACAUUCAGUCGUGCUUUGGAGUAUCUGAAGCAGGAGGUAGAACAGCGUUUCAAUGAGAGUGGUGAUCCAAGCUGCAUGAUCAUGCAGAACUGGGCUAGGAUUGAGGCUCGACUGUGCAGUAAUAUGCAGAAAGCUCGGGAACUCUGGGAUAGCAUUAUGACCAAAGGCAACGCCAAGUACGCUAACAUGUGGCUUGAGUAUUACAACCUGGAAAGGGCACAUGGUGAUACCCAGCACUGCAGGAAGGCCCUGCACCGGGCUGUACAGUGCACCAGUGACUACCCAGAGCAUGUCUGCGAAGUGUUGCUCACCAUGGAGAGGACAGAAGGUACUUUAGAAGACUGGGAUAUAGCUGUUCAGAAAACUGAAACUCGAUUAGCUCGUGUUAAUGAGCAGAGAAUGAAGGCUGCAGAGAAGGAAGCUGCCCUUGUGCAGCAAGAAGAAGAAAAGGCUGAACAGCGCAAGCAGGCCCGGGCUGAGAAGAAAGCAUUGAAAAAGAAGAAAAAGCCCAGAGGUGCAGAUAAGCACAGAGCAGAUGAGGAAGAUGAGAAAGAGUGGGGUGCAGAUGAAGAAGAGCAGCCUUCCAAACGAAGAAGAACUGAGAACAGUGUCCCUCCUUCUGGAGAAACACGAGAUGCAGAAGUGGAGAUAGGGCCUGCUGAGAGACAUGCAUCUGUAAAUGUCGACCGCCCUUCAAAGCAGAAGGACAAGGCGGCUGCCCUGAAGAGGGAUAUGCCCAAGGUGCCCCAUGACAGCAGUAAGGACAGCAUCACCGUCUUUGUCAGCAACCUACCCUAUAGCAUGGGAGAGCCCGACAUGAAGCUCAAGCCUCUCUUUGAGGCCUGUGGGGAGGUGGUUGAGAUCCGUCCCAUCUUCAGCAACCGUGGGGAUUUCCGAGGCUACUGCUACGUGGAAUUUAAAGAAGAGAAAUCAGCCCUUCAGGCACUGGAGUUGGACCGGAAGAAUGUAGAAGGGAGACCCAUGUUUGUUUCCCCCUGUGUGGAUAAGAGCAAAAACCCUGAUUUUAAGGUAUUCAGAUACAGCACUGCCCUGGAGAAACACAAGCUGUUCAUCUCAGGCCUGCCUUUCUCCUGCACUAAAGAGGAACUAGAAGAAAUUUGUAAGACUCAUGGCACUGUGAAGGACCUCAGGCUGGUCACCAACCGGGCUGGCAAACCAAAGGGCCUGGCCUAUGUGGAAUAUGAAAAUGAAUCCCAGGCAUCACAGGCUGUACUGAAGAUGGAUGGCAUGACUAUCAAAGAGAACGUCAUUAAGGUGGCAAUCAGCAAUCCCCCUCAGAGGAAAGUUCCAGAGAAGCCAGAGUCGAGGAAAGCACCAGGUGGUUCCAUGGUGCCACGGCAGUUAUACGGAGCGCGGGGGAAGGGGAGGACCCAGCUCUCUCUGCUGCCUCGUGCCCUGCAGCGCCCGGGUGCCACUCCGCAAGCCGAGAACGGCCCUGCCCCAAGUCCAGCAGUCACCACCUCAGCAACCACCGAGGCACCCAAGAUGUCCAAUGCUGAUUUUGCUAAGUUGCUUCUGAGAAAGUGAACCAGACUCUGGGAGAGACGGGAAAUGCCUUAUUUCAUACUGGCCUGGCAGACCACCCGCCACAUGGCGAAGCACUGGUUCAGAUGGCCCAGCGCAGCGCCCACUUGCUGCCACCACCUUCCCUCUGGUUUAGACAGAAAGGGAAAGGGUGUUCCAGGUAGAGGCUCUCAGUGCUCCCUCAUAUUGAGGGCAACAGGAGGAAAGUGAUCACUAUAGGUUGGGCCCAGGACAUAGUGUCCUAAGAUAAUUUUGUGUCUUAAAGGAUAAGUAGAAGUGAAACUGGAACACAAGAGUUUUUGAGAUGCACUUGUCCAAUUGUUUUCAGCCAGCUCUGGCCCCCUUUUGUAAGAUGCUUCUCCUACACCCUACACAGGACAUGUGCCCCUUACUCUUUUAAUUUUAAAAGAUGAAAGGCAGAUGCUAGUAAUUCACCAGAAUGGCCUAUGGGGAGGGGGGAAGGGAGGGAAAAAUCUCAUAAAAAACAUUUGAUGGAUUUUUGUUCAAAGGGGCUGUGCAUUUUUUAUAUUAUAUAUUUGUAAAUGACACAUCACACUGUUUCCUAAAAGCAAAUUGUUUGUGACAUUUGUUUUAUAUAGGAAUUCUGUGUGCCAAUUGCUGUGGACCAUUUUCUUUGCCUAGUGAUUAGUGAACUGUGUUCCUUGUCUAAACAUUGAGUUCCAGCCCUUUGAUUUUGUUUCAAUACCAUGUCUAAGUGCAAACUUCUCUCCGUUAGCUUUGUUUGUAACUGAAUUUUCUUACAAACUUCUUGACAAAUGGUACUCAGGUGUGCAUUCACUUGUGGAUGUAUUUUGAAGUGGGUGUACCUUACCAUACCUAAUAGAUGUGUAAAUAGAACUUUUGUAAGUCAAAUUCCAUUGUCACUUUGAUUUAAAUUA